CCAGUCAAAGGACGCUGCUGCUUGCUCCUCACGACGAGCCUCUCCCUCUCCACGAGGACAGAGAAGAACAAGGAAAUCAACAUCUGGCUGUCCCACUGAUCAGCAGUCAACAUGGCCGCUACGUACGAGGCUGCCCCGGCCCUGUCCGGGCCAUCCUCCAUGGAUGCUAGACGGCGCACCUACGCUCAACGAUCACCCGCUCGCAGGAAAGAGACUACAACACUGGCGCCCACAUCCACGACUACUGCAAACAGACCGGUGACCGAGAAGCCCAAGGAGAAGAAGAAGGUGCAAGAGAAGCCCAUCAAUCUGCCAGAUCCACCGGAGAUCAUUGUUGAUGAGCAGGGCACCAGAUGGGCUAGGGGCAAACUUUUGGGUUCAGGUGGCUUCGCACGAGUGUAUGACGCUCAGAAUGCUCGGGGAGAGAUGAGGGCGUUCAAAGUCAUUGCAAAGAAGCACCUUCAGUCGAAGAAGGCUCGAUCAAAGAUCCUUGCGGAGAUCAUGAUCCAUUCGUCUCUCAAGCACCCAAAUGUCGUGAGGAUGGAAGACACAUUCGAAGACGACGAGCAUGUUUAUUUCCGGCUAGAGCUGUGCAAGGCGGGAUCUAUGAACGACAUGGUCAAGAGGCGAGGAAGGUACCUCGAUGCUGAAGCACGAUACUUCAUGGUCCAGAUUCUCGCCGGAUGCCAAGGGAUGCAUACCAGCAACAUCAUUCACCGUGAUCUGAAACUGGGCAACAUCUUCCUGGACGAGGAUAUGAACGUCAAGAUCGGAGACUUUGGUCUGGCUGCUCUACUCAAGGACCAAGGCGAGCGCAAGAAGACUGUGUGCGGUACGCCCAACUACAUCGCGCCUGAGGUCUUGUAUGAUGAUGGCGAAGGGCACAGCUUCGAGGUCGACGUCUGGUCAGUCGGAGUCAUCCUAUACACGAUGCUGGUCGGUAAACCUCCCUUCCAGACUUCGAAUAUUCAGGAGAUCUACACGAAGAUCAAGAAGAACGACUACCACAUCCCAGCCGAGGCAGAGCUGCUAGUGGAAGCAGAGGACUUGAUCACCAAGAUCCUUGCUCCUAAGCCCUCUGACCGUCCCAGUCUCAUUGAGAUCAUGAACCAUCCCUGGUUUACUUGCGGCGCCAUCCCGAUCUACAUUCCUAUGCAAGCUACCGUCAGCGAGCCUCGCCUUACGCUGCCCCUCACCGUAGGUGACAAUGCUCGCAACUUUGCUCUCGUCAAGCAAAGGAGUGCUUGGAACCCCAAUGCCGACGACCUUCUCGACGAGGAAGAACAGGAGAUUGAUGCUCGGGAGGAGCUCAGACACCAAGAAGCUCUGGAGGCAGAAAGGGAGAAGAUGGACAGAGAAUUCCAGCAAGCAAUUCAGCCCGCCAGCCCGAUUUCUACCCUGCUCAAAGCCAGUCGUCAACCUCUCGUCAAGGCACCUAUGGCCUCUGCGUCAGCAAAGUCGAGUGGUGCUGCUCUCGCACGGCAAUUCCAGACCCUAGGCAUCAGCAGAGCUCAAUCAGGGCAGAAGAUUGCCACUGCUACCGGAGCUGUCACAAAGAGUGGCAGCAAUGGCAGUGUCAACAGUGGCAAGGUCACACCCCUUGCUGCAUUCGACAAGGAGAACGCCCACCCGUCUCCUCCCGCUCGCGGUAUGGCCCCUCCUUCAACGAGGCGAGCCGGCAAUGCGCUUGGAAGUUCCGGUCUCAAUGGCCUGACAGCUGAGGGCGGAGAAGCCGAAGAGCGGAGAAUGCUGGGUCAGAAGGCUCGCUUGGUAGCAGGCAACUCUGGCACCAGCGGUAGCAACGUCGCUGCUGCUAGGUCUCCGACAGCACCUUCAAGUGACGAAGAGGGCCUCCCCAGCAGCAACUUCGUUCGUGCACCGCCAGCCAAGGCUUCCACUAUCGAGAGCAUGACGCACUACCUUUCGGAGGCCAUCCAGGCUGCCGCUGUCGGCAUGGAUUACCAGCCUCUCACUGUCUCUGGCGAGAAGCUUUACUUCGAUGAACCCCAAGCGGAAAGUCCAAAGGUGUUCGUCAUCUCAUGGCUGGACCAUUCUGAAAAGUACGGUCUAGGCUAUGCCCUCAGUGAUGGAAGUGUGGGCGUAUACUUCCGCGACUCGACGAGUCUUAGCAUCAACUGUUCGCGCACUCACUGCGACUACAUCGCCAGCGCCAAGAGGGGUGCACUUUCCAGAUCGAAUCCUGCAGUGAAGAGCACCGGUACAGCAGCCGCCACGGGCGAGCUCAGUUGCUACAAUUUCAACUUUGCCGGCUAUCCGAAGUCGAUGGACCUCAAGGACGAGAGUCAAGUGCCGUACGCCACUGAGCUGCAACCCAAGGUCAAGAUCCUCCGCUUCUUUGAGCAAGAGAUCAUGGACCGCCUGUAUGGCGCCAACAGUCCCUUGACUUUCCGCGACAUGGCAAUCGAGAGUGGUAUGGCCUUUGUGCACAAGUGGUACCGCUGUCAGCAAGCCAUCGUCUUCCGUCUUUCUACGGGCACGGUGCAAUUCAACUUCUACGACCACGCAAAGGUCUUCCUCUCUGCCGACGGGCUGAUCGUCUCGAUGAUCCCGCCUACCGAGACGACGGGCGGGCAGCAAGUAAUGUGCUCUUACUACCUCACCGAAAUCAUCGCCAUCUCUCACCCCGAGAGGUCGCUGCAGGAGAGUCAGGCCCUCGCCGAGGCUUCUGCUGCUGGCCUCACGCUGGCUGAGGUAGGGAUGAGAAUCACCACGCCGCUAGAAAGGAGGACGGUGCGCAACAUGCUCAAGAGACUCAAGUACUGCCGAGAUGUCCUGGCAACGACGGUUUCUAGCGCUGCCGUCUCGGCGUCUGCCAGCAGCAGCGUUGCCUCUGCAGCUGGAGCAAGGUCAGCCUCUACCGCUUCGGCCAAGGUUGGCACUGCUGCCACACUUGCCCCUGCCGGCUCGACGACGCUGCCUAGGAGCACGAGCACGAGCAGCGCUGCGAGCAGUACCGCCAGCAGUGGUGCUUCGAGGACUGUCGUGAACAAGUAAAGUGCCAGAGUAGGACCAUGCCCCUUUCAAGAUACCCCUCAGGGAAAGGACUGUCCUGCGAAAGCGCCUUCUUCUUGUUCUGCCCUCGCAUACCG